CGUCAAUAGGUGAUUCUAGAAUAUACCGAGGUCACAUGAAGGCAACAUAAGGCAAACAUGAAGCUCCGGCACGCUGAUGAUGUGAUGGAAAUAAACGGUGGAGACGAAAAGUAGUCGACCUGACAAAGCAACUGGUCUUGGCGAAAGGCUACGUUGCCUGCCGCCAUGGGGGCUAUGUUGUCUCGCAACGAGAGCAGCCUGACGCUCUUGUCGGAGAGGCCGAGCUCCGGGCGGCGAGGCGGCGACGGCGACUCCGGUGACGGUGACGAUGACUCUUUGGACGGGCUCGUCAGGCGGGAAGACAUCGCCCAGUUCCCCUACGUGGAGUUCACCGGCAGGGACAGCAUUACGUGCCCGACGUGCCAAGGCAGUGGACGGAUACCCUCAGGUCAAGUCAAUGAGCUUGUUGCAUUGAUUCCAUACAGCGAUCAAAGGCUGCAGCCUCAAAGAACGAAACUCUACGUGGUUCUGUCGGUCGUUCUGUGUUUCCUGGCCUCUGUGCUGGUGGCAUUCUUCCUCUUCCCCCGCUCAGUCGUGGUGCUGGAUGACGGCAUACGGGCAGUGACGGUUCACUUUGACCACGCCAACCACAUGGUCCAAAUGAACAUGACAAGCACACUCAAUUUCAGCAACCCCAACUUCUUCUCGGUGCGGGUGCAGAGCGUCAGCUGCCAGGUGCUCUACAUGAAAAAGGUGAUCGGGACGCAGCAGCUCAACAAUGCCACCACCAUCUUGCCACUCAGUCAGCGUCAGGUGAACUACACGGUCAGCGUGGAGAUCGGCAGCAGUGCGCCGUACGUCUAUGCCUUCUGCACCAUGCCCAGCAUUAAGGUCCACAACAUUCUUGUUUUUAUGCAAACCUCAGUAAAAACCUCACACAUGGUGCGAACGUCCCAGAAUAACCUGGAAGCGUAUCGCUACAUCGACUGCGGCUCCAACACCACGCACCACCUCGCCAUGCAGCAGUACUGGGAUUCCUUCUCAGCCCGCAGCCACCUUCAGCUGCACAAUCAAAAGGGGAUGAAGCAUCAAUGAUCUUUUCUUUGAAUACAGCAGCUUCCAAAGAAAGGUCAGCUUUUGAAUCUUAUGAUCGCUUCUGUUUUUUUUAAAGAUUCAAUUCUCAACCUCUGACAAAGUUGUGGAAACAUAAAAUGGGUUAAAGAUAAGCUCUAAAAGGGAAUUGGUUUUGAGGGAUUUAAAUUAACACUGCCCAGAUGCCAAUAUUAUAUUGAGCAUCCAGGACUGCAACUUGAGUAUUUUCUUGAAAAAGAGACUAAAGUGCCUUGUCAUAAACUACUGUUAUUUAAGUGAAUGAAAAGCAAUUCUAGCAGACAAUGCUUGUUUUUUGAAACUGCUUUAAACAUCUAACAAGCAUUUUAUGAUCUGAUCAAGUGAAGCUACCCUGCUGCCUCAUAAGUGCGUCACUGUAUUUGGAUUGUGUCUUCAAGCUAUUAACAAAGUCUUGCAUGUCUUGCUGUGUGAGGUUUAUCAAGAAACGCACAACCUCAAAGUAUCCGUUUAGAUUUGUAGGUGUUUGUGGGGGUUUUAAGGGAGAUUAUUUUUUUUUGUACAAAAACUUUUUUUUGACUGAUGGAUUUUAACAGAUUAAAAAAAAAAAAUCAUUUUGUGUUAUUUCUUCCAAAGAAACAUUAAAGGAACU